AUGGGUAUCUCACGAGACUCUCGCCACAAGCGUUCCGCGUCCGGUGCGAAGCGCGCAUACUACCGCAAGAAGAGGGCUUUCGAGAAGGGUCGCCAGCCUGCCAAUACCCGUAUUGGCACUAAGCGUAUCCAUCUUGUCCGCACCCGUGGCGGCAACCGCAAGUUCCGUGCUCUCCGUCUCGAGUCCGGCAACUUCUCCUGGGGCUCUGAGGGCAUCGCCAAGAAGACCCGUGUUAUCGGUGUCGUCUACCACCCCUCCAACAACGAGCUCGUCCGUACCAACACCCUGACCCGCUCCGCUAUCGUCCAGAUCGAUGCCGCUCCCUUCAGGCAAUGGUACGAGGCCCACUACGGCUCCUCGCUCGGCCGCAGGAGGCAGGCUAAGGCCGGUGAGAAGGAGGAGGACAAGAAGAAGUCCAACUCGGUUACCAAGAAGCAGGCCGAGCGCCUCAAGACCAGUGGAAAGAUUGAGAAUGCUGUUGAGAAGCAGUUCGAGGCCGGUCGUCUGUACGCCGCUGUCUCUUCCCGUCCCGGCCAGAGCGGUCGCUGCGACGGUUACGUCCUCGAGGGUGAGGAGCUUGCUUUCUACCAGCGUCUCCUCAGGAAGUAA